AUGCUGUCCUCCGCCUCAUCCACCCUCUGGACCUCCCUUGUCCUCCUCCUAUCCCACGCCACCCCAUCCCAGGCAGCCUGCAACCGCGCCGACCUCCUCGCAGCAGCCGCCGAGUUCGUCACGGCCGUCUCCACGGGCAACCUCGCCUCGCUCCCCCUCUCCACCAACGCGACCUACCAAGAAAACAACAAACCGGCCAAGCUCGCCACCGCCGCGGCCUUCUCCCAGCCCCUCAAGAUCGACCUCUCACGCUCCACAGCCGACACGGUCGCCUGCGCCAGCUACACGCUGAUCAUCGCGGCGUCGGCAUCCACACCCUACGUGCUGGCGACCCAGCUCCGGCACGCGGGCGCUGACGACACGGGCACGGGCACGGGCACGCCGGGGGCAAUCACGCUGGUGGACACGAUCGCGGCGACCAAGGGGUCGCUCUUCUUCGACGCGGCCAAGACGCUGGGCUACGUGCACAACCAGAGCUGGGCCGAAAUCCCCGAGGCGGAGCGACCCGCCCGCGACCUGCUGAAGCACGUCGGCGACGCCUACCUGGACAUGUGGACGGAUGCCAAAGCGGCCGACUCGAUCCCCUGGGGCACCGACUGCGAGCGCGUCGAGGGCAGCCAGUACACGCGCCCGUGCGGGGCGCAGCUGCCCAGGGGGGGGAGCCAGAGGAAUAAUGGGAAUCGGAGGUAUGUGAUUGAUGAGGUGGUGGGGAGCGUGGAUGUGCUGUGUAGCUUUGAUGCUUUGGGGAGCUUGCCGGACAGUCACGAGAUUCGGGUCGAGGACGGCAAGGUCAAAUACGUCCAUACGGUGACCGUUUGA